GACAAUACUCCUAGUUGGCCCGGCCCAAUCCAUUCUCCAAGAAACAACAACACCGCCGAAUUGUUGCUGCCACCUGCACUUUUCUUUCACCGAGCUCGCUCGUGUUCCCGGGGCCGCAGGGCGAUGCUGGUGCUCCGCCACUGCUUCCCGUGCAAUUCAACCUAGGAAAUUAAGGAUUGGAGAGCUUGUGAAUCUAAAUUUCAAGAGGAUGGCUUCUAAAGCAGAAAUUCCAGACUUAUCCGCACCAGUUUCCAAACCAUCCGGCCGCCAGAAAAGCCAAAAGAUAAAGGGAUCUGUAGAUUCUAGGAGUCAAUCUAAGAAGAGUGUCAUGAAGGAAGAUGCUACAGAAAGCUCUGUUGAAAAUUUGGAUAUUCAGAGUGAUUCUGAUCAUUUUGAUUCCCUGACAUUAAAGGAACUUCAGAAAAUGGCAAGAACUGUAGGUAUAUCCGCAAGGGGUAGUAAGAAGGAUCUUAUUUUGGCCUUGAAGUGCUUCUCAUCCAAAACUGACAAUGGCAAUAAUUCAUCUUCAACAGUUGCAACUGUAGAUCCGGAAAAUACAAAUUCAAAACGAAAAGCUGCGCCUUCAUCUUUUGAACAUAAUACUCAAGAUUUAUACACUGCACCGGAUACUACUGAAAAGAAACAGAAAAGAAGUAGAAAAAAGCAAGAGUCUGUUGAGUGCAUUGCUAUUGAAAAUGAAUCUCUAGCUGUGGUGAAACAAAAACAGACAUCUACUGAUGCAGAAGAAGUUGUCGAGAAAAAGAAUUUCCGAUCAAGCAAAAGAGUUUCUACAGAAACUCAAGAUUGCAAGGGGGUUAUAGGCCAAAUGGUCACUGCUGAGCCUUGGACGGUGCUUGCUCACAAGAAGCCACAGAAAGACUGGAUACCAUAUAAUCCUAACACAAUGAGGCCACGACCUCUUGCGAGGGAUACAAAAUUUGUGAAGCUUAUGUCUUGGAAUGUCAAUGGCUUGAGGGCAUUACUGAAGGUGGAGAGUUUCUCUGUCCUUCAACUUGCUCAAAAAGAGGAUUUCGAUGUGUUAUGUUUGCAAGAAACGAAAAUCCAGGAGAAAGAUGUGGAUGAGAUUAGAGAGCGUCUAAUUGAUGGAUAUGAUCACAGUUUCUGGACUUGCAGCAUUGCAAAGCUUGGUUACUCUGGUACUGCCAUUAUAUCACGGAUAAAGCCAAUCUCAGUGAAGUACGGACUUGGUAUAUCAGAUCAUGAUAGUGAAGGCCGGCUUGUGACAGUGGAAUUUGAUACAUUUUUCUUACUGUGUGGUUAUGUGCCUAAUUCGGGAGAUGGUUUGAGAAGAUUGACAUACAGGGUUGAGGAAUGGGAUCAAUGUCUUAGCAAUUACAUGAAAGAACUGGAGAAAUCAAAGCCUGUGAUAUUAACUGGUGAUCUGAAUUGUGCUCACCAGGAAAUCGAUAUAUAUAAUCCUGCUGGAAAUCGUAGGAGUGCUGGAUUUACUAUUGAAGAAAGGGAAUCAUUUGAGAGGAACUUCCUGUCUAGAGGCUUUGUGGAUACCUUCAGGAAACAACACCCUGGUGUAGUGGCCUAUACUUAUUGGGGUUAUAGACAUGGGGGACGCAAGACGAAUAAAGGUUGGCGUUUAGAUUAUUUUCUGGCAUCAGAGUCCAUAGCAGAUAAAGUCUACGACUCUUAUAUUCUCCCCGAAGUCAAUGGUAGUGAUCACUGCCCAAUAGGGCUAACAUUAAAACUUUGACAGUUUACAACCAAAGCUCACAAAUCCUAAACCUUUUUGCAGGAUUUGGUGGGAUUUCUUAUUGUCGCUGUUUUUCCUUUUUUGGUUCGAUAGUGGAGAUGUUCUGAUGGUGCAGAGUUUGCAGGGCUCCUUCAGAUCAUUGAUGUGCAAUGUCAUGAAUAGGCAUUUCUAGGCUAUCUUUUUCUGUAGUCAUGCAGUGGAGUUUGGACGUAGCAUGACAAUGGAUAACAUUUUGUAUGAUGGAGCUUAAAGUAAAUUGAAUUUGUAGUAGUUCCAGCUUAAAUUAGAGCAAAUGUUUUUAAGUUUUUGCAGGUGUUCCAGGUCUAUGUAGCCUUUGUGCGUAACUCCUGCGUUAUCAAAUAUGCAUGACUCUUUUAUUAUCAAAUA